AUCAGCUGUGUCCAAUCACAGCUGAUCACAUGGGACAUGUACACUGAUCAUCAGUGUGCCCUGAUGAUCAGUGUAGCCCCAGAAGUGCCACCUGUCAGUGUCCAUCAGUGCCAGCUGUCAGUGCUGCUCAGUGCCACCUGCCAGUGCCACAUCAAUGCCACAUAUCUGAGCUGCCUUUCAGUGUCACCCAUCAGUGCCAGUCAGUGCCACCUAUCAAUGCCAAUCAGUGCCACCUAUCAGUGCUGCCUAUCAGUGCCGCCAAUCAGUUCCAGUCAGUGCCGCCUAUCA